GGGAGGGGGCGGAGGAGAAGCGGCUGGGCUCCGACUCGGCUCUCAGCUCCACUCUGCCUCCCGCUCCACGCUAUCUCCCUGCCCAAGCCUCCCGCUCCUGCCCCGGGACCCCGGGGUGGGCCCUAAAACCCAGGGAGUCCCCAGACAAAAGCCCUGUCAGCCCCUACUCCCAGCCCCCGGCCCCGGCAGGUCGCUGCGCCGCCAGGGGGCGCCGUGUGAGCUCCCUAUCCCGGCCACCCGGCGCCCCCUCCCACGGCCCAGGCGGGAGCGGGGCGCCGGGGGCCAUGCGGGGCCAAGGCCGGAAGGAGAGUUUGUCCGAAUCCCGAGAUCUGGACGGCUCCUACGACCAGCUUACGGGCCACCCUCCAGGGCCCACUAAAAAAGCCCUGAAGCAGCGUUUCCUCAAGCUGCUGCCGUGCUGCGGGCCCCAAGCCCUGCCCUCAGUCAGUGAAAUGUCUACAGGGCUUGGUCUCCUUGGUGACAAUUCGCUCCCUUCAGCAUUAGCUGCCCCAGCCUCCCUCCGCCCCCACAGACCCCGCCCGAUGGACCCAGACAGCGUGGAGGAUGAGUUUGAACUGUCCACCGUGUGUCACCGGCCUGAGGGUCUGGAGCAGCUGCAGGAACAAACCAAGUUCACCCGCAAAGAGUUGCAGGUCCUGUACCGAGGCUUCAAGAACGAGUGCCCCAGUGGGAUUGUCAAUGAGGAGAACUUCAAGCAGAUAUACUCACAGUUCUUCCCCCAAGGAGACUCCAGCACCUAUGCUACGUUUCUCUUCAAUGCCUUUGACACCAACCAUGACGGCUCUGUCAGUUUUGAGGACUUUGUGGCUGGUUUGUCCGUGAUCCUUCGGGGAACCAUAGAUGAUAGGCUGAACUGGGCCUUCAACUUAUACGACCUCAACAAGGACGGCUGUAUCACCAAGGAGGAAAUGCUCGACAUCAUGAAGUCCAUCUAUGACAUGAUGGGCAAGUACACGUACCCUGCCCUCCGGGAGGAGGCACCCAGAGAGCACGUGGAGAGCUUCUUCCAGAAGAUGGACAGAAACAAGGAUGGCGUGGUGACCAUUGAGGAAUUCAUUGAGUCUUGUCAAAAGGACGAGAACAUCAUGAGGUCCAUGCAACUAUUUGAUAAUGUCAUCUAGCCCCCCAGGGACAGGGGUUAGUGCAUCCUGGGGGUGACCGUGCUCUAGUCCUAGUUCAGGUGAACCUCACCCUUUUCUCCCCAGGUCUGUCCUCAUCCUACCUGUACCCUGGGGGCUGUAGGAAUUCCAGGGCUUCAGUAGUCCAGACCCCUGAGCUAAGUGGCAAGAGUGAACAGUGUGUCUGGGAGGGAGGGUUCCCAACUCCCAACAGCUCUCAUCCCCUUCUUGCCUGGUACCCAGUGCUGAGGACACCCCUGGCAUAGGGACUGGUACCCAGUGCUGAGGACACCCCUGGCAUAGGGACUGAGUGGUUCCUUACCUCCUAACCCCACUCUAGAAACCACGUUAGGCAGAAUGUCUCCUGCUAUGGUGCUUUCCCCACCCCUGAUCUCAUAGACUUCCCUCUGAGAUCCCUCCUUGGAGAACACGCUCUGUCCAUGUCCCUGGCUGGCCUUUGUGGGCCCUGUAGGAGGGGGACAAGAAAGUAGAGAGAUGUUGGCCUUGAGCCAGUGGUUAGGUCCUAGAAAUCGGUUGGAGUGGAAAACUGAAAGCCUUGGCAGAACAUGAGAGCCAGGUUCUACGGGUCUGCUGUCUGGGGCCAGCAGAAUAUGAGUUCCCUGACUUCCCAGAAGGCCUUAUGUCCUUAGCGACGUCCCAGAAAUUUACCAUAAACGUCUCAGUGUCUUAGGAGAGCCUGGGUUCCAGAUAACUGUUCAUCCCGGGAUUCUCUCCAUCCUUCUUGUAUGUUGGGAGUGGUGGCCAGGGGAAGAUGAGUGGGAGGUGUCCUGGAUGACACCUUUCAAAGUCCCAUCCUGCCCUCUCGCCCGUCUCCUGUUUUGAUGGCUUCAGUUGCAAUUCUCCAUGGCCUCUAGAUUUAGAGGAGCAGGAGUGAGUCCGGGAUUUUCCUGAACGUGAGUCUUGCCACUCCUCCUAGUGGCUGCCUUAGGGGAACGGGGGACAAAGGCAGGCCAUAGUCUGAACCCAGUGUAGGGGCAUUCACUGGAAUUGUUGCCCAACCCUCCACAAUGCCCUAGGAUGUCCUAGGGGCCCCUCUUCCUCUAUAUAGUCUACCCAGAGGUGCCCCUGAGCUCACCUAGAGGGCAGGGACCAUAGGAUCCAGGUCCGACCUUAUUGUCAACACCCUGCCAUGCUGCUGCCCCUCUUAAUAUACCUGCUUGUCUCACUCAGCUCACCUUCCGUCAGCUGGGGUCUGGGGGAAAGCCUCCCACCCAGCAGACGUUGUGGACUGCUUUGCAUUUUGGGCUCUUCUACAUAUUUUGUAAAAUAAGACACCAGAUCCAAUAAAACACGAUGGCUAUGCACA